AUGGGGAAGGAGAAGGUUCACAUCAACAUUGUGGUCAUUGGCCACGUCGACUCCGGCAAGUCCACCACCACCGGCCACCUCAUCUACAAGCUUGGAGGCAUUGACAAGCGUGUCAUUGAGAGGUUUGAGAAGGAGGCAGCCGAGAUGAACAAGAGGUCCUUCAAGUACGCCUGGGUGCUUGACAAGCUCAAGGCCGAGCGCGAGAGGGGCAUCACCAUUGACAUUGCCCUGUGGAAGUUUGAGACCACGAAGUACUACUGCACUGUGAUUGACGCUCCUGGGCACCGUGACUUCAUUAAGAACAUGAUCACCGGCACCUCCCAGGCUGAUUGUGCGGUGCUCAUCAUUGACUCCACCACUGGUGGUUUUGAGGCUGGUAUCUCCAAGGAUGGCCAGACCCGUGAGCACGCACUCCUUGCCUUCACUCUUGGUGUGAGGCAGAUGAUCUGCUGCUGCAACAAGAUGGACGCCACCACCCCCAAGUACUCCAAGGCUCGAUACGACGAGAUCGUCAAGGAAGUGGGUUCCUACCUGAAGAAGGUGGGGUACAACCCGGACAAGAUCCCCUUCGUGCCCAUCUCUGGAUUCGAGGGUGACAAUAUGAUCGAGAGGUCGACGAACCUGGACUGGUACAAGGGCCCCACCCUCCUUGAGGCGCUGGACCAGAUCAACGAGCCCAAGCGGCCCUCAGACAAGCCCCUGCGCCUUCCUCUGCAGGACGUGUACAAGAUCGGCGGCAUCGGCACCGUCCCGAUGGGCCGCGUGGAGACCGGCCUCAUUAAGCCCGGCAUGGUGGUCACCUUUGGGCCCACGGGCCUGACAACGGAGGUCAAGUCGGUGGAGAUGCACCACGAGUCGAUGCAGGAGGCGCUGCCUGGCGACAACGUCGGCUUCAACGUCAAGAACGUGGCGGUCAAGGACCUGAAGCGCGGCUACGUGGCCUCCAACUCCAAGGACGACCCCGCCAAGGAGGCUGCCAGCUUCACCGCGCAGGUGAUCAUCAUGAACCACCCCGGGCAGAUCGGCAACGGCUACGCCCCGGUGCUGGACUGCCACACGUCCCACAUCGCCGUCAAGUUUUCUGAGCUGCUCACCAAGAUCGACCGGCGGUCGGGCAAGGAGCUGGAGAGCGCCCCCAAGUUUCUCAAGAACGGCGACGCCGGCUUCGUCAAGAUGAUACCUACAAAGCCCAUGGUGGUGGAGACCUUCUCGGAGUACCCUCCACUGGGGCGCUUCGCGGUUCGCGACAUGAGGCAGACGGUUGCUGUUGGCGUUAUAAAGAGCGUGGAGAAGAAGGACCCGACGGGAGCCAAGGUUCAUUACGCGGUGGCAGCAGACAUCAAAAUAUCUACAACCACGGACAACUCAAAUGCUGAUCACAGCCAGCACGACAAUGACAACACAAUAAUAUCAGUCUUCAAGUCUGCAACUAAUAUUUUUCAUCUCCAGCCGCCACUUCUCCACCUCCUCCCUACUGUUCGUCCUCCUCGCCGCCCACCAUCUUACCACGCCACGCGCAUCCAGCAGCACCGCGGAGGACGCGUGGCGGCGACGCGUCUCUGCCUCCCACGCGUCGAAGAAGGUGCCGGUCUUCCACGCUCAUCCAGCGGCACCACGGAGGGGCGUGGCGGCGGCGCGUCGAAGACGGCGCCGGCGUGCGGCGUGGUUGUCAAUGGUCUCCUGCGAAGGGAGGACUGGGAAACAGCAAUAAAAGUACCCCUUGGGAUCAUUCUGGCAGGGAAACUGGGAAAGACAAGGUUCUUUAGUGUCCUGAUGCUUACACGGGGUCUGGUGGCUGAUAUUGAUAUUGGAUCAGAGAAGUAUAGGUGGAUGGGAAGUGCUUGCCUUGAAUUUUAUGACCAGAAUCUAAAGAAGUUGGUGAUCCUGUGGAGCAAACUACCAGUUAUGAAACAAACGGAGUUAGCAAAGUAUUUCGAGAAGACAGAGCAACUGACAGCAAUUGUGAAAGGUGUGACUGUAGGCCCAUCGAUCAAAGAAGCUGAUCUUGCAUGGAGAUCCAUGAAUGGUCCAUUCGUUUCAGUUUGUCUUGGCUAUAUUCCUUUCGCUAACGAAGAUGCCAUGGCAGCACCAAAGGCAAAGUUUGCGGAUGGCUACAUGGAUGCUGCUAUAAUCAAAGAUUGCCCGCGGUGGGGUGUUCUCGGGCUCGUGUUCCAGAUGAAGGACGGCGCCUACAUCAACUCACCAUGCGUUGAGUACUUAAAGGGCUUCGCGCCGGCAGGGACUCGCGCAGGCAGGGACGCGCGCCGGAGUGCCGCACGCGUGCUGCGGCUGGUCGGCCGCCGCAGGGCCGGCGUGCUGCUGCUGUUCACCGUCGCGGACGCCACCGUCUUCUGCUCCCACCACCAGCAGCAGCAGGUGCUCCUGAUGCAGCAGGCACUGCAGCAGCAGUACCAGUCCGGCUUACUCGCCGCCACGGCAGCGGCGGCCAUGAGCCAGCUUGUCCGGCUGGUGGACUGUUGGGCAGGUGUUCAGAUAGCAUCAAUAUAUCUAAACAUUGAAUUGCAUGAUACAGGCAGUAAGACAGAGGCGAAGGCGGUGGUCAGCGUGACCGUGGAGGGGAGCGUCGGCCUGGUGAAGGCCAUGGUCAGGCUGGGCGCCAGCGUCGGAGAGGCCAUUGCUUCCGUGGUUGAGAGCUCAGGCGCUCAGCUGGUACUUUACGUUUGUGCAGGGGUUUUCGUGAAGCAGAUAGUGAACCCGGCUCUCGGACGUGCUCAUGGGCUCCAAUGGCCUCACCAAGGCCUCACUCCCCUUCCUCAAUUACCCUGUGCAAAUCAACCAAGAUCGGUACAACAAAUUAUUGAUGCUAUUUUGGGUCUGGACAUUGGUGAUCCUCCCUGCGCUAUUGCUGCAGGAGCUCUUUUAUUUGUUUUGGCAAGUGGUUCCUGCAUCAGGGUCGCACAGGGCAGUUACAUCGUCCUGCCAGUUGCAUUCAAGACAAAGGUUUUCCAUCCGAAUAUCGACAGCAAUGGGAGCAUCUGUCUUGAUAUCUUGAAGGAACAAUGGAGCCCUGCUUUGACAGUUUCCCGGGGGCCAAGGGCGGCACACGGCAGGUGGCGGCGCACGGACGCCAGGCACGGCUUUGCCAAGGCGUGGGCGGCAGACGGCGAGGCACUGACGGGGCCGUGGGCGGUGGCGGACGCCAGGCGCAACGGCAGGCUCUGUGGGAGGCGCGGCUUUGCCAGGGGCCGUGCGGCAGGCAGCGGUGGAGUUGAGACUGAGCGGAGCUCGUGUUUUUUUUUUGGCGAUGGUUGUGGAAAGGAAAGCGUGUUGCUUUUUUUCCAUGGCCCUGGAACCGCUGCUGGCAUUGUGAUGCAAACGCUACUAUAA